UUUAACUUACAGAACGGCAACAAUGGAGAAAGCUCUCUUCUGAUCAUUUUUUGUGAACUUUAUAUUCAUCCGUUAAAGAUCUUUCGUCAAGCCCUUUCUCAAAAAAAAAAAAAAAAAAAAUCUUUCGUCUCCUUGACAAAAAUGGAAAAUCGGGUGGGGUUCAGAUUCAUUCCGACAGACGAGGAGAUCGUGGACUAUUACCUCAGGCUAAAAAAUCUUGGUGGUGACACGAGCCAUGUAGACAAAGCCAUUAGCACGGUAGAUAUCUGUAGCUUCGAACCUUGGGAGUUACCUAGCAAGUCGAGGAGGGAGUCGAGAGACCAGAUGUGGUAUUACUUCGGUCGGAAGGAGAACAGAGGAGAGAGACAGAGCAGGAAAACCAAGUCUGGUUUUUGGAAGAAAACCGGAGUUACAACGAAUAUCAUGCGAAAGAGAGGAGAUCGCGAGAAGAUUGGUGAGAAAAGGGUCUUUGUGUUUCAAUUGAAAUCAGAAUGGGUUAUGCAUGAAUAUGUCUCUACGUUCUUGCCUCCUACUCAAACCACCUAUACAGUGUGUAAAGUAAUAUUUAAGGGUGACCCCAAAGAUUUACCUUCUUCUGCUCCUGGUGGUGGUGGUGGUGAAGUUGAGCAUAAUCACUCUCAGUUCACACAUAUGAACAACUCUGGUGGAUCUGAGGGGUUACAGAAUCCACGUCACUUUACUGGCUUGCUUGAUGGGGAGAAGGAAACUCAGAUCGAUGAUGCAUUACGCAGGGCUUUCGACAAUGUUUCACCUCAUGAUUUGAACUCUUUGCUUAAUAAUGAAAAUAGUGAUGAGGAGGAGCAUCGGAAUCUUUUGUUUAUGCAAGAGGAUCGCAACGAUUACAGACCUAAAAUGUCACUCACCGGUUUCAUUAGCGAUGAUGAUAGUGAUUCUGAUUUGAUAUCUGCGACAACAACAUGUUCCAUCCAAACCUCGAGCCCUUGUGAUAGUUUUGGUAGCUCAAAUCGUCGCAUAGACCAAAUCACAGACCUACAAAACGCUCCCAACUCAACAACCAAGCUAAUGUCACCAACUCAGGUGGUGAGCAAAACUCAAGAAACCAGUCUUGAUACAUCCGAAAAAAAGAAGAAUCUUUAUGAAGAUGUACAAGGGACUGAGAUGGGAGAGUCUGAAAUGGAUCACUAUAUCAUCAACAACAAAAGAGCCGGUUUUUAUUACAGGAAAAUUCAAAGCUGCAUCAAGAAAACUCUGCUAUGUUCUUCUAUCCCCCCCAAGAACAGGAUAAUUUAGUUAAUAAUUGAGAUCAAUAAGUACUUUUAGUAUUUUCCAAAUUUGCAAAAGUUCUAUGUCAGUCUUAUCUUGUUUUGUGACUUUUUGGUAUUGUGUGUCCUAAUGUAUAUAAAUAAAGGCGAA